AUGCCUCGGGACGACGACUUCUACGUUCGCUACUACGUCGGGCACCGCGGCAAGUUUGGUCAUGAGUUCAUGGAGUUCGAGUUUCGUGCCGACGGGAAACUUCGCUACGCCAACAACUCCAACUACAAGAAGGACUCUAUGAUUCGAAAAGAAGUGACGGUGUCCAAGUCGGUGAUUGAGGAGGUGAAGCGGAUCAUUAGCGAUAGUGAAAUCACAAAAGAAGACGACAAGGAGUGGCCCGAGCCCGACCGCGUUGGACGGCAAGAACUAGAAGUAGUACUGGGCAACGACCACAUUUCCUUUACGUGCGCGAAGAUCGGCUCGUUGCUGGACGUGCAGGACAGCAAGGACCCGGAAGGUCUGCGCGUGCUUUACUACUUGGUGCAGGACCUCAAAUGUCUGGUGUUCUCAUUGAUCACACUGCACUUCAAGGACGACGAAGAGUUGAUCAAGCCAGCGGAUGCAAGCAGUCGAUAG